UCUUUUCGCUGGGCUGCGCUCCCGGUGAAUGGGACUAACAGCGUCACGAAAGGAAAGCCACUCUUUCAUGUGCCGGCCGUUCGGACUGCUGGACCGUCUGCUCCCCGCUGCUGGACUCACACCUCUACACUCUGCCUGAAGAAGAAAAAUGUGUGGUAUAUGGGCCUUAUAUGGGAGCGAUGAGUGUCUGUCGGUUCAGUGCACCAAUGCUAUGAAGAUCGCGCAUCGUGGUCCGGAUGCUUUCCGCUUCGAGAACGUCAACGGUUUCACCAGCUGCUGCUUCGGUUUCCACCGGUUGGCCAUUGUGGACCAGCUGCAUGGCAUGCAGCCCCUGCGGGUGAAGAACUUCCCUUACCUCUGGCUCUGCUACAAUGGCGAGAUCUACAACCACAAACAGCUGAGGGAGGCUUUUGAGUUUGACUGCCAAACAAAAAUGGAUGGAGAGGUCAUGCUUCACCUGUACGAUUGCUUCGGCAUCGAGAAGAUGGCCACCCUGCUGGAUGGCGUGUUUGCCUUCAUCCUGCUGGACACAGCUAAUAGGAAAGUUUUCCUUGGGAGGGAUACCUACGGCGUGAGGCCCAUGUUCAGGCUGCUGACUGAUAACAACUUCCUCGCUGUCUGCUCAGAGGCCAAAGGUCUAACGCAGAUCACACACUCCAUGUCUGAACCGGUGAAGAUCACCCCGUUCCCGCCCGGCCACUUCGAGGUCUUUGACCUGAAGCCAUCUGGAAAGGUGAAGUCCAUCAAGCUGGACCGUUUCCAUAGCUGCACAGACGAGCCCCUUCACGCCCCUUAUGACAAUGCUGGGGAGCUUGGAAAAGGUUUUGCUCUGGAGGCAGUGAAGGCCAACAUCAGGAUCCUGUUUGAAAACGCAGUGAGGAAACGUCUGAUGGCCCACAGGAGAAUCGGGUGCCUCCUUUCAGGUGGGCUUGACUCCAGCCUGGUCGCAGCCACGCUUGUCAAGCUGGCCAAGGAGCAGGAGUUGCAGUACCCCAUUCAGACGUUUUCGAUCGGGGCAGAAGAUAGUCCAGAUGCUAUUGCUGCACGCAAGGUAGCAGCUCACAUAGGCAGCACACACUUCGAAGUGAAUUUCACCCCAGAGGAGGGCAUCAAGGCUUUGGAGGAGGUCAUCGUUCACCUGGAAAGUUAUGACAUCACCACAGUGCGCGCUUCUGUUGGCAUGUACCUAGUAUCCAAGUUUAUUCGUGAGAAGACAAACAGUGUGGUGAUCUUCUCCGGUGAAGGGUCUGACGAACUCACACAGGGCUACAUCUACUUCCAUAAGGCUCCGUCUCCGAAGGCCGGUGCGGAGGACAGUGUGCGCCUGAUGAAGGAGCUGUACAUGUUCGAUGUGCUGAGAGCAGACAGGACAACAGCCGCUCACGGAUUGGAGCUGAGAGUGCCUUUCCUGGACCACAGGUUCACUGCCUACUAUCUCUCGCUGCCUGAAGAGAUGAGGGUGCCCAAGGACGGUGUGGAGAAGCAUCUUCUGAGGGAAGCGUUCAGGGGGCUGAACCUGAUUCCGGAUGAGAUACUGUGGAGACGUAAAGAGGCUUUCAGUGACGGUAUGACGUCCACUAAGAAGUCCUGGUAUGCAAUCCUGCAGGACCACGUUGAGUCUGAGAUUAACGACUCUCAGUUGGAGAAAGCGGCCAAGCUGUACCCUCAUAACACCCCCACAACCAAAGAAGGCUUCUAUUACCGGCAGGUGUUUGAAAAGCAUUACCCCGGCCGCUCUGAAUGGAUCUCCCAUUACUGGAUGCCCCGCUGGAUCAAAGCUACUGACCCGUCUGCGAGAACCCUUUCCAUCUACAAGCCGGACAAGGACGAGUAAUCGGGCACAUACAGUGAGCAGAGCUGGCCUACACAUUAAGUUUAGAUGUGCUUCAUUUUUAUUUGUUUGAUUUUAAUUGCACUAUUUUUGUUUGCAGCAUCAUCAAAACCAUUUUUAUUAAAUUUUUUUCAUUUAAUUUCCAAAAGUAGUGGAACUGCAAAGUCAAAUUCUUACUUUUUCUGGCAUUCUUUGCAUUUAGUGCCCACUCAUAAGCCCCCUGUUUAUAGAAACCUGUUUGUCAUCUAAAUCCCACUGGAAAAAAAUUGUUACCUUUAAUGUUAGUGUUUUUUAUCCUAAUGCUGUCCUAAGGUGUCACUGGCCUUAGGAACACCAGGUACACUGCAUGUCCAAAAGUGUGUGGACGCCUGCUCAUUCGGCAUUUCUUCUGAAAUCAAGUGUAUUAAUUGGGAGUGAAAGCAAACGAAUUCACUAAUGACGAGAGCUUUCUGGAUACUAUUGAUAUAAUGACUGCCGAGACUUCACCUCCAGGUUUCUGUUCCUUUCUGAGAGCUGCCUUAUGAUGCCAUAGCGCAUUUUCACCUGAGAUCUAAGAAUUUAGCACAUGUUGCCUACUUGAAUCUAAUACUUUUAGUGAAAUGUUCUAUGCACUUAAUAUUGAACCCCAUUAACACAGGUGUUUUGUGGCCAAAGGCUUAUUAAUCAGCACUUACAUGAAAAACAAUACAAAACUAAAGGACUGAGUGAAGUGAAGGUUAAGGGGUUCUAAAAGAUCCAACACAGUAGAUACACUGCCUGAUUUGACUUUUACCUCUGCUUUAUCACACAUCUUACCUCAUGACAGCGUUGAUAAUGAGUUGAUAUUAGUUAUGAUCAUGAUUAGUUAUGAUAUGAGUUAGACAUGUUGUAACACAACAUUUAUUAAUUUAAUUUCCAGUCAAAAAUGCUUAUUUAUUUUGGAGGAGAUGGUCUGAAGGUAAUCUACUUGGAAGGAGAGAGUCAAAGGAAAAUACUUAGAAAAAAAGUGCCGGACAGUUUUCCACAGUUCUUCAGCUGAAAGGAAGCUGCAGCCACUCAGUUGAGGGGAUCAUUAUUCACUCCAGCACUCUGGGCUGCUAUGAUAAGACUAAUAUUUGCCCUGAUUCAAAUCUUUUACCGUACAUCAGGCAGUCUCUUCAGCUGUCCUGCUCAAAAAUCAGGCAGUACUAGUCAUAUCACGUUUUUAGCCACUAGAUGGCACCAUUGUGCUAUUUAGAAAGUUUUUUUUGUGUCCAGACAUAUUAUCUAAGAAAUUGGGAAGCAUCUGUGCCUCUAUAUAUAUAUAUAUAUAUAUAUAUAUAUAUAUAUAUAUAUA